AUAUUUACGUGUCAUGUAGAACCUCGCCAUCCCAGACCCUUACAGCGAAGACUUCUUCAAUCACAUAUCCUUCGGCGCCUCUGCUCUGCAUGAGAACGAAGGUAUCUUCUCGAUGUCGAUGGACUCCUUUGCCGGUCACCAGCUCCCGGACCAAUUCGACGUCUCUCUGACUGCUUCCGCUCCAAUGAUUGCGUCCGACCUCUCGCAGUCGUUCAGUGACUUUUUGAAUACCUUCGACUUCCGUGCCCAUUCUGGCGAUCCCCUUCAAGACCCGUCGCCGCCGCACGUCGACACCGUCCCGGAGCUUGAUCCUAGCCCCGAAAUUUGGCAGAUGUGGACCAGGACAGAUAAUGCGUCGAGCGACGUGCUGCCGUCUGCUGCGCUUACUGCGGGCCACGAGCUCCCACCAUACGACCAGAUGCACAUGGAGCAGUCGAUGGUGCAAGAGUCUACGCCUUCCGCGGAUUACCUGCACACGUUUCCAGAAGUCGUUCACGAAGAAUCAAUACAAGCCCAAGGGCCGCCACAGGUGCAACAACAGCCAGACUCCUCGCAACGGCUUGCGAUACCAUCUCACUACCCACCUCAUCUUGCAGAGGACCCCGAUUUCGUGGAAGUAUAUGCACAGUAUGUUUCCAAAAUGCAGCAACGGUGCAUACAGGCAAAUGCGCAUGCCGGGCCGCACCAUGACCAUCUCACAUACACGCCACAGGACCAACCGCAAUCGCAGGUUACCCAUGACGAAGUCCAGUAUCAGGCGCAGGCGUACACGCCCAACGGGUUGCACCAUACGUCGUAUUCAGAGCCGCAGCCACUCUCGCCGCCGUCGAGCACUUCGGGCGACGUGCAUUGCGGGAGCGGCUACGUCCCUCCCUCAGGAGCUGCGACUACGAUUGGUCUGCGCAGAGUUGGGGGUACCUGGAGGCCGCCGGUCGGCCCGCCACCCUCAGAGGAUUCCACUUCGCGAGUUCCGUCCUGGGGUAGCGUCGCGUCCACGUAGAUCUGUUCACAAAACAUCAUGACCAUCACGACUCAUUGCAUAGUUCAUCGCUUAUGGAGACAUGUGUACAUAUUCCUCAUCUAUGGUGAGUCAGCAAGCCGUUCCUGCACCGGACGUGUGCUGAUGCCUAUUAGUUUAUCAUUAUUUCUCUCUCAAUCUGCACGAGCUCUUACCCCUCAAACUACAUCGCUGUAUCGUCCACAAAGAAAGCUCACCUAAUUCGUCUCCCCCCUGUCUCACGCCUCAGGCAACUCCCUUUGCAAUCGUCGAAUUACAUGUCUUGCUGCACUUCCUUCGCUUUUCUACCGUCCACAGUCUGUUAUGCCCCCAUCAUUUCUCCGUUGCUUUCUUCGCAUAAGUACUCAUUUCAUGCGUGCGCCCCGCCGUAGAUCUGUUCAUCAAUCAACACUCACCACUUCUGCUUCUGCCCUCGCAACUCAUCCCCAUUCUGUACGCCUUUACAUUACCGUUUAUACGCCAUUACACCUCUCGGGUGCCUCACUGAAGCCUCUCCUUUGGUUUGGCUUGACGUACUUGCUUAUAGUCGUCGCAUCUGACUUUAUCCUCUCCUUCCUGUAAAUAUUAACGAAGGGUUGAAUCUCGGGGCACUGUACAGGUUGCUUAACAUCCUUGCUUUGCUAAACUCACCGGCGUGCAUGUCCCCCAGGUCCGCGCUAUUCUACGCCGGCGCCAACCCUGAGAUGAUGUCUACUGCGAAAAUCAUUGUCCUCGAGAGCCAUUGUCCUUCCGACGCUCUGCGGCAGGAGGUCUCAGUGUAGGUGAGUGUGUCUACGCUGUUUCUGUCUGCCUACAAUUGAUAAUUGAUUCCGCGUGGAAGGUCUCAGUGCGCAGCCAUCUACUGGCCUCGAGGUUAGUAGGCGGCGUCACCCUUACCUCUCAGUCUAAAUCUGGCAUGGAUCCGUGAUGCGGAGGUGCUCACUCGCGUUGGUAGACCAUGCGCGGAGCCAAGUACGUAAAGGCUUUCGCCAGCAUCAGCGUCGGCCCCAGAGUCCGCAAAGGACGCGGAACAGAACCCGCCUUUGGCCUCAGCUGGAUGGACGUCUCGGCUGCGCCCCGCAAUUGCGUCGCGCAUCUUGAGGUGUCAUCUCGUACAUCUGUGGGUCGGAGCUGGUAUGCGCCUGCACUCGCUACUGGUGUCGCUGAGCGCGACCCGAUUCUGAGGUAGGGGCGGCGCGGUUCGGG